AUGCUCCCCAGCGCAGUGGCCGCCCAUGGCGGCGCGUACUGGGACAUGGUGGCUUCCUCCGCGCUCCUGAACCUCCCGGCAGCGCCAGGGUUUGGCAACCUGGGCAAGAGUUUCCUGAUCGAGAACUUGUUGAGGGCCGGGGGCGCCCCGCCGCCCGGGCUUCAGCCGCCCCUCUCCCACGGUCCAGCAAUCGCCGUAGCCGCCGCCACCGCCGCGCAGAUCCGACCCCUGCCCGCCAGCCCUGUUCCCCUCAAGUUGUGCCCUGCAGCCGAACAAGUCAGCCCUGCCGGGGCGCUCUACGGCACGCGGUGGGCUUUCCAAGUCCUCAGUCCCUCCGCAGACGGCACGAGGCUGUCGGGCCGGGCUCCGGGAGACCGAGACUGUACUUUCCAGCCUUCAGCCCCAGCGUCUUCCAAACCUUUUUUUCUGAGUGCCCCGCCGUUCUACUCAGCGUGCUGCGGUGGGUCCUGUCGGCGCCCUGCAUCCCCCACUGCUUUUCCAAGAGAAGAUGCUGUACUGCCUCUCCUGACACAAGACUCUAAUUCCAAAGCUCGGAGGGGCAUUUUAAGAAGAGCUGUCUUUUCUGAGGAGCAGAGAAAGGCUCUGGAGAAAAUGUUUCAGAAGCAGAAAUAUAUCAGCAAAACAGACCGAAAGAAACUUGCCAUCAAUUUGGGACUAAAGGAAUCACAGGUGAAAAUUUGGUUUCAGAACAGAAGGAUGAAAUGGCGAAAUUCCAAAGAAAAGGAAGUGCUUUCCAACAAGUGUAUCCAAGAAGUAAGCCUUCAAGAAAAUCCUCUCUCAAGAUCUGCUCUGGGUUUCCCUUCUCCAUGUCCUUCAGUAUGGGAAGUCUCCCAACAGCACUCUAGUCCAAGAUGGAGGGAGAAUUCACCAGAACCUUCAGAAAGACUGAUUCAAGAGAGUUCAAGGGCACCACCACUGGAAGUGAAUUCACUACAAGGUGCCUUGUAUUUGUGUUCUGAAGAAGAAGCUAGAGACAAGGGUGUACUUACUGCAGCUGUCUGA